AGUAUUAAGAGCUAUAUGUUUCCCUCUUGCUCUUUCCUGGGAUCGACAUGGUAAGUCUUUAAUCCCUUAAGAUUUCACUGACUGUAAUAAGGAAAUCUGAUUUAUUUUGUUAGUUUCCUGUGUACAUUUCUAUAAUAUGUGUUACUGUGUUUUCAGAACAAGACUGAGCCAGAGAGGAGAUUAAUUCACUACCAGUACUGACAAGAGGCAGAAGACAAAAUGCCUUGGGAGGGACCGGAGCCUGACCCUGGGGAUUUAAUUCAGUUUAUUCAGCCAACCUAUGACCACUGGGGGAUUUAUGUUGGUGACGGAUAUGUGGUGCAUUUAGUACUUUGCAGAUUCUCAUUCGCAUCAGGUUCAUCGUAUCGCUACUCCAGAUCGUUGUCGUCUUCCAGUCGGACGUCAUAUUCUUCUACUUCAUCAGAGGGAAUUGUCCAAAAGGAGGAAUUAAGGAAGCUUGAAAUAGGAGUUAGGUGUAAAGUUAACAAUCUUCAUGAUAAAAAAUAUAAUCCAAGGCCAGUGGAUGUAAUUCUUAAAGAUGCAAAUGCCGAAGUUGGAAAAACAAAGCCGUAUGAUUCAAAAACCUAUAACUGUGAGCAUUUUGCAACAGAAUUGAGAUAUGGCAAGAACAUUCCCAAACAGGUAUCAGCUGUAAACGAGUGUGAGUUUCCGGGAAUAUCUGGGGCACCUUCCUCUUCAGGAUCAGCGGCUGUUUGGGGACCUUUAGAAUCUGCAGCAGAAGUUGUAACAAGGGCAGUUGCAUAUUCAAUAGCUCAGCUUGGGAGACAUUUCCAUUGAGUUGUAUAUGAUUUUGCGCGAUGCGGCGAAAUAAAACAAACUGCUAUCGGAAGGUAAACGUAUCCCUUAGAAAAUAAUAGAAGCGGAAAAGCACAAACUUAAGCCAGGUUUCCAGUGAAUGUGCAAACAGGUAAAACACAGCUGGAGGCUGCCGUUAAAGUCUCAGAUAUUACAGAACGUUCCGCCAGGUGUAAAAGAGGAAACAUUCGCUUGUUGAGAUCUUGCAAACAAUGCAAACGUAUCUCUUGUUAUUGCUUUAUGUAAUAUUUAGUGCUGUCAUGGGCAGGUUGGAGUUAUGUUCUUAAUUAUAUUUAAUUAUGUACUAAUAUGUAUGUAUAUAAAAAUAUAAUCAAGCACAUAACUACAACUAGAUCUAUGCCUGGGGCAGCACUAAAUAUUACUAUUAAAAAUACAUUUAAAAAUAAAUUACCACAAAAAAAGGGUUAAUUUAAAAUAAAUUCUUUAAAGGGAAUGUAAACUUUCAAAAAUGAGUGCCCGGUUUUUAAAAAUACUAUUAAAACAGGGGCACUUUCAUUCAUGAAAGUUUACAUUUCACCCGUUUUCUUUAAAUACUUUUCUUUUUGACGCCGCUCCAGCGCAUGACCAGCCCGUCGCAAGCCUUUUCAUACAUCAGCAAUGACAAUUCCGGCAUCCUCCAAUCACGGCUUCCCCCAGGGAAAGCAUUGCCUGAGGCAACGCUGUGAUUGAAGGAAGCCGGUUUCGUUAUUGCUGGGUAAGUUAACCAUGAAGAAGCAGGCGGGGGCAUCGGCGAUCCGGCGUUUCAGAAGAAAAAGUUAAGUAUUUUUAAAAUCCGGUGCAAUGUUAAUAUUCAUAAAUGAACGUGCCCUGUUUUUAAUAGUUUUUUUCAAAACCGGACACUUUCAUAUGAAAAUUGACAUUCACUUUAAAUUCUUUGAUUAGUUAUUAGGCUGUAAAAAAUUACCCCUUACACUGUAACAAACGACUGUGUCUUUCCCUCUCUAGCCAAUCACUGGGAAGGAGUGCAGGUGCUAACAUUCAUUUUAAUAAUCUAAGGUUGGGUUACCAUAGCAACGAACUUGUUAUGGUGUGAUGUCAGGUGGAAGCGUUAACACAACGUUAAAGGGACAUGAAACCCAAAAUUUUUCUUUAAUGAUUUUGACAGAACAUUCAAUUUUAAACAAGUUUCCAAUUUACUUAUAUUAUUUAAUUUGCUUCCUUCUCUUGUAAUCUUUUUCAGAAAUGUUUAUUUAAGAAACCUCAGGAGCAGCAAAGAACCUAGCUUCUAUCUUCUGAUUGGUGGCUGCAUAUAUCUACUGAUUGUGAUUGGCUCACCCAUGUGCUCAGUUAGAAACCAGUAGUGAUUGCUGCUCCUUCAACAAAUAAUACCAAGAGAAUGAAGCAAAUUUGAUAUUAGAAGUAAAUUGGAAAGUUGUUUAAGAUUGUUUGUUCUACCUAAAUCAUGAGAUACAUUUUUGGGUUUUAUAUCCCUUUACCUGACACAUACACGAAAGUAUUUACAUGGAAACCUGGCGCUAAAAUGGAGCCAUAAACCACUUGUAGCUGGCGGCAACUUCAUUAUCUCACGGCCCUUGCUUUAUUCAGGAUACGAUCUACAAUUAAUACAUUUUUAUAUCACGGAUUUUGUGCUACUUAUGCUGGGCGCAUUGGUUCUGGACAGUGGUUUGGAGUUUUUCAAGCUUGAAUUUGCCAAAGUGUUUCUGCAAUAAUCUUGUAACCGUCUUAUGUGAUGAUUUUUCGCUCUGGAGUUUGCUUAAUUUUGUUAUUUUGUUAGCUGUAACCUGAUAGUUAUAGAAAUAGCCAACUUUACACUUGAAUGUUUUUUUAUUUAAAUUGUUUAUUGACUGAAUUGUUAUUAUUUAGAGCUGAUUAUCUUCUGUUUGAAAAUUGUUAUUAUUUAGAGCUGAUUAUCUUCUGUUUGAGAAUUGUUAUUAUUUAGAGCUGAUUAUCUUCUGUUUGAGAAUUGUUAUUAUUUAGAGCUGAUUAUCUUCUGUUUGAGAAUUGUUAUUAUUUAGAGCUGAUUAUCUUCUGUUUGAGAAUUGUUAAUAUUUAGAGCUGAUUAUCUUCUGUUUGAGAAUUGUUAUUAUUUAGAGCUGAUUAUCUUCUGUUUGAGAAUUGUUAUU